UUAGGCACCAAUCAAAAACAAUUUUCUAGGGCUCUGUAUGCUUUUGGCUCAUUAUUUCGCAAUGCUACCAGAUAUUUUGGGCAAUAAGGGUCUUUUCUACUCCAUUUAUACUGUUGUUAUUUAUUUGCUGGCCCUUUUUUGCAACCUCAGCGAACUAAUCAAACUCUAUCAAAUCAUCACCGCUGAUAUUUUCAUUUUCGACGAGCUGAUUAGGAAUUUCGUAAUCACCGGGUUACACUUUACAUCAUUGCUCAAAUGCCUCUUUUUAAGGAGUAAACUUGGUGGGAGGAUUUUUAAGAAAAUAAUCAACUACGAGAAGCAAGUGUACGAGAGUGGCAACAAGCAAAUUGUUGCAAUUUACGAGCAAGUUUUAUCCAGCAUGCGAAGAACCAGGAAUUAUUAUGCUGUGGGGAUUUUGGUUGUUGUGGUGUUUUAUAUUGCUGCACCAUCUUUUAGGGAUCCUUAUUACAUCCAAAAAGGCAACAGGACGAUUGUUGUCCAACAAAUGCCAUUAUCCUCUUGGACACCCCUAGAAGAAAACUAUUGGUUUUCCUACAUUUGGACUUCAAGUGCUGGAGCUUAUUUGACCAUUUUCUUUGUCACAACUGAUUUGACUUGUUACAGCUUUAUAAUGUUUGGUGUUUGCCAAAUAAACAUCUUGAAUCAUUUUAUUUCAAAUUUCUACCAAUAUUCUAAAGAUAUUGAAAUAAAUCAAGAAUGCACCCAAGAAGAAUCUUUUAGAAUACUGCAAAGGGAGCUAAUAAUGAUGCACCAAGAAGCAAUAACCUAUAUCAAAGAGCUAAAUAGUGCCCUAAAAAACAUAAUGUUUUUAGAUUUUGUGCCUAGCUCUAUUCAACUAGCUGGCAUAAUAUUUCAACUAAUGACCAACCUCAACAUCAUCCAAUGUAUAUUAUUGGGCGAAUUCAUCCUCACUCUAAUAGCCAGGAUUUUCAUUUACUGCAAUAACGCCCAUAUGUUGUCGGUGCAAAGUCAAAAGGUCGCUUCCACUUGGUACAACAUCCCAUGGAAUGAAUUACCAGAAGAUGUGAGGAGGGAUAUGGUUUUUUGUAUCAUGAGAGCUCAAAAGCCUCUUUGCAUUACCAUCGGAGCCUUGGGGCCUAUUUCUUUGACAACUUUUUUAGCUAUUCUUAAAGGCACCUACUCAUAUAUGAUGCUUCUUAUGACAAUUGAAUAA